AUGUUGGAAAAACUACUCGCAGCCAUCACUGCUGUUGUUACUUGGUAUUUGACCUAUUAUCUUUGGUAUGUUAAUCCAAGGAUACUUCCAUCUUUGCCUGGUGAUGGGUUAUUUAAGUACAGAGAAACCAAGCAACAGACUGUACCUCUUAAAAAGAAAGGAUCUGUUACUAAUAAAGUUCCUGGGCCUAGAUUCAUGGGAAUGCCCAUUCGAGUACCUGAAGAAAACACAGCAACUCCGACUGAAACAACAGCUUAG